UCAAGCCAGCGCAUUUGGCAUUUGUGAUUCUCGAAAUAUCAAGGAACUGUUCAUGGCUUGUAGUGUUUACUCCUGGAAUAUAGUUUAAACUCUUCUAUGUUAUAAUUCGAGCAUUUUGUGCCUUUGACAGUUAACGAAUAAAAGGAAAAUUGGAGUGAGAUGGCGGUUGUUAGCAACAAUUUCUAUCAUAUUCCAUUCCAACAGAGACCAUUGCAGUUUUUGCUCUGGUAUAUGUAAUAAGGAUUUGAGUCGCGUGCUGAUCCCCACUAACAUUCAAAAACAGAAGCAGAAAACUAUCCUGGAGAACAUGGGCAGUUUCACUUCCCAGCUAACCAGUUAUCCUACGUGCGAUAAAUGUCGCAAAAAAUUCAUAUGCAUCCACAACUUUCCCGAGAGUUGCUUUCAAAUUUUGUCCAGUAUCGAACUGGCUGACAUCAAGAUGGAACCAGAGUUGCUGAUUGAUGAUCACGAGCUGUUGGAUAGUAAUAAUAUUUAUGAGAAAGACCCAAUAAUUGAACCAAUUGAACAGGAAGCCGAAAAGCAAAACAAAGGAGAAAACGAAGAGGUGUUCUUAACCGACGAAAUGGACGAAGAAUACGACAAUAUCCCACUCAGUCGUUUGAAAGACCACAUACGGUUACAAAAGAAAGAAAAACCGUUCAAAUGUGAAAAGUGCGACAACAAAUUUCGAUCAAAACACGCUCUUCAACUGCACGAUCGAAGUCAUACGGGUGAACGUUCUUAUUCUUGUCCACAUUGUCCAAAAACGUACAUGUAUUCUUCAAAGCUAAAAAUUCACAUGCGAGUCCACACGGAUGAACGUCCCCAUUCUUGUCCACAUUGUCCGAAAUGGUUUAAGAAUAAUUCAACGCUUCUAGACCACAUUCGAACUCAUACGGGUGAACCUCAAUUUUCUUGCCCAAAUUGUCCGAAGAAGUUUAAACGACAUAAAUGGCUCAAACUGCACAUUUGUACUCGUACCGAUGAGCAUUCCUACUCUUGUCCACAUUGUCCGAAAACAUUUAAGAAGUCUUCAACACUCAAUGAACACAUACGAAUUCAUACGGGCGAACGCCCCUAUUCUUGUUCACUUUGUUCGAAAACGUUUCGGGUUCCUUUCACGCUCAAUGAACACUUUCGAACUCAUACGGAUGAGCAUCCCUACUCUUGUCCACAUUGUCCGAAAACUUAUAAGAGUUCUUUAGGACUACGAGAGCACAUUCGAACUCAUACGGGUGAAUGUCCUUAUUCUUGUCCACAUUGCGCGAAUGCGUUUAAGACUAGACAACAGCUCAAACAUCACAUUCAAAUUCAUACUGGUGAAUGUCCCUAUUGUCCACAUUGCUCGAAACCGUUUAAGAGUCAUUCAGUGCUAAAAAAGCACAUCAUUCAAGUUCACAUUGGCGAACGUCGUUAUUCUUGUACUCAAUGUCCAAAGGCGUUCAAGAGUCCAUAUUCAUGUAAACUUCACAUUCGAACACACACGGAUGAACGCUCCUAUACUUGUACACACUGUUCAAAAGCGUAUAAGAAUCGUAGAGAUCUAAUACUGCACCUUCGUAGAAGCCAUGCGUCUGCGAGUAUCAUACACAACCAGCUCGAUAAAGAUACAGGGGGCUCGAGGCAAAAAUCACCUGCGACCAUCAAGGAUGAUAUAGCGGAAUGCUAAAGAGAAUUUCUUUAUCACUAGAAGCAGUUGACAAACAAACCCUAAGCUAAGAUGAAACUUCUCAUAAAUAUACAAACAAAAAAAACAGGAAGUGGGUUAUAUCUAUGGUAUAACCGCAAGGGUGACGUAGGACUAUCGUUGAUUUAGAGAUCAUUUGUUGAAUCUGAGUUCAUUCUGAAUGAAUGAAUAUUUGAGGGACUUCGAAAACGAGAGCGUUACGUUGGAGGCACAAGGUUUUAUGCAUCCAAUAUUGGAUACGGAAAUAUCCUACUGAUGGGGAAGAAUAAUCUUCAGAAGCUAUCCUGUUAAUUGCGAUUGAUUGAAAAAUCACAAAACCAAAUGUAUUUGGUCACAGUGUUACAUGGAUAGAAAACAUUAAAAUAAACUCUUUCACAUGAAUGUUAUUUUAAAUUCCCAGAGGAACUGGCAGAUUAUUUUCAGUAACGAUUAGAUAUUUCCACAUUUUCCUCGAUACUGGAAGCCCACCAGUGGUUAAUGCUAACUCGAUAACCAUCCGUUAAUAGCACUUGAUUGAAACAUAUUUGGUCACAGUGUUACAUGGAUAGAAAACAUCCAAAUAAACUCUUUCACAUGAAUGUAUUUUUAAAUUCCCAGAGGAACUGGCAGAUUAUUUUCCGGAUCUUUCUCGAUGCUGAAUGGCAUCCAAACGGAAAGAAUUCCGCGCGUGUAUGUAUGUGUGUGUGUAGCGGCUGCUUCGAGAUCUUCCCGGGGAACCGUUUGUGGCAUCACUCUCCUACUGAUGGAUUCCCUUCUGGCCUAAGCUGCACAAACAGGCUCUUGGUGACACCGUUCAUCCGCGCUUUCAUGAUACGAAGAGCUUCACCACAACAGUGACAACAUGCUCCAAUCGCUGUUCAAUUAGAACUGAGUGGAUUUCCGAGCGGCGCUCGCUUAUAUAUCGAUUGGUGAUUUCAAGAGCCUGUUUUGAAAACAAUUUUAAGACUAUUGAAACAAGUUUUUGGAUCAGAAAGUAACAAGUAUAGAACGCGUAGACAUUUUAUCUUUCGAAUGAAGUGUUUAUCAUACCAUUUCGUUCAGUUGUUUAGGAGCUAUUAACGCUCAAAAUCUCGGUCUCCGGCGUAACGCUUUCGUUUUCGAAACUUUGAUUUUACACCCCGGUAUAGAAAUGAAAGACGUAGUCCUACGUCAAAAAAAAUGACCAGAACACAGGUGUUUCAUUGAAGGAACCAUUGGAGUUCUCAAGCCAGAAAUUGCUGUUCUAAAAAAACGAAAUUGCCAUUUUCAUAAUUCAGGAAACUUUUCUUUUUUACAGACUUAUCUCACUUCUUAACUAGGCGAACCUAGCCAGAAUAUUCACCUACCCCCGGGCUUCUGAAUGCCAAAGGGAGGCAAGGCUCGGUGGAAUGCACGUAUCUGCAUGUUCGUGCUCUUUAGUUCUGACCGAGGAAUUGUUGGACAAUCGCGCAGGUGCUAUGGAUGACCGACUUUUGGAUGCCGACAAUUCCAGUUACAGAGAGAACGACUUGAACAAUUCUUGGGACCUUCCUUAGCCCCCACAAUUCCUUGAGUUCCACGGCCAAUGAGCGGUACGAAUUUUGCGACCGUGGGUCUCCUCCAGAUUCUGGUUCAGUGGAAUAGCGACAUCGAUGAUGGUGACUUUAGGCUUGAAACGUUCAUUUUUUAGGACAGGUGGAGGCAGGUACCGAUAGUUGGGUACGUUGGCCAAAACGGGACAGCCUCACAUAACUUGCCCUAUGUUUUCACUUGGUUGGUGGCACAUUCGGCAAAUGUCAUCAACUUCUUGAUGCCAAACGUACCACCUGCAGUUUCUCGUCGGCAUUAACCUGUCCUCUCUUCAAU